AUGUCUAAUACGGCUCCUGGCCAGUCGCGGCCAGACGACGCCAGAUGCUACAACUGUGGUGACGCUGGCCAUUGGACUGUUGCAUGUCCAGAACCCACCAGGGAGACUCCUGCUGGUCUCGCAGCUUGGAGAAACGCCAACGCUCCUGGACACGGAGGCAAUAGAGACCAUGGUGGUUCCAAAAAGUCCAAAGGUCCCAUCAUUACCAAAUACGCACCUGCGCCUGUGCCAGCAUCAACACCAAGCGUGGCUCGAUACGGUCCUCCUCCAGGAUAUGGGCCUCCUCCACCUACACACUACCCCGGAGGACCUCCCUCCUAUCCUUCGCAAUACCCUCCUUAUGGGUCCUCAGCAUCCAACUACGCACCGCCACCUGGCUACUCACCUCCAGGCUACUCUAUCCCGUAUCCUCCACCUUCUUAUGGUGGUCCUCCUCCACCAGGUCUUCCGGCACCACCUCCCAGGCCUCCUGGCACAUAUGCUUCUCCUCCUCCGCCUCCCACUCAACCUCCAGCGCAUCCACCUCCAUAUCCACCACGCGCAUAUGGUCCUCCGCCUCGCCAAGACCACGUACCAUACCAUCCACAGCCUCACUAUCCUCACUAUCCACCGCCAGCUUCAGCACCAUAUGCUCAGCAUCCACCGCCGCCAUCAUACCCGCCCCCUUAUCCCUCUCACAGCGCGCCUCCGUCAUAUGGGCACCCUCCACCUUCGCGGCCCCCUCUCCCGUCACCAGCACCGCCUUCUGCAUCACGUCCACAUCGACCAGCUUCGUCCUCAGUACCACGCCAGAAUCCUGCAUCGACAUUACCCUUGCCAGCUUCUUUGCCCCCUAAACCCUCUCUACCCCCUAAACCACCACAGCCCAAUCAGCCCAAUCAGCAUGGUCAACCUGGUAGGGGACGACGGGACUUUCCUGACCAUUCUCGAGACCACCGUAACAAGCGGAGGAACGACCGACACUCUCAGCCAGAGCCACGUCAUUCACCAGAUGAGGUUGGUAAGCCAUUGCCAUCAGAAUAUAAUGAUGAGGUGCUUCUUCUUAGAAAAUGGGAUGCAAAAUGCAUUGAGUCGGACUGUGUUCAAGCUGACAAUAUUGAGGAAUACGUGAAGCCGAUACACGAAACUCCGUAUUGGUCAAAGAUCCAACACGACCCCGCGUUCGUACGAGACGGCAAGCUUCCUAGCGGACAUCCCAUUGCCAGUCUGCCGCCAAGGCCACCACCAAAACUUGAGGAGAUCGUUCGGAGCGAAAGCUCCGAAAGUGGCGAGGUCAAUGAGCGACUCGCAAAACGAGGUCACCCAGAUGACGAUACCCAUGGUGAGCGUCCAGUGAAGAGACAAAGAUCCCGAAGCUCCUUCGACACCGGCUGCAGAGGAUCACGGGGCCGGCAUUCGCGCUCGCGUGAUUCGUACGUUCCGCAAGGACGCAGGUCACGUCCAGGUAGUCCCGAACGUCGACCUACAGAAUUCCGUAACGUCGACGACCAGCGACGAUCGAUAGACCGGUACCAACCAGAUCGGGAUCGAGAUCAUAGCCGUGGUCGUGGACGUCGCCGGAGUCGUACUCAAAGUCUCAGUCGAGACCGCAGUCGGAGUCGGAGUCGAAGCCGGAGUCGAAAUCGCAGCCGCAGUCCUAGUCGCAGCCGUCGCCGCAAUCGAACCCCAACGUCACGCGACUCAUCAGUAGUAUCUGCUGCAUCUUCAGGAUUGGAUUCCUUGGAAGCCGAGUUGCUGGGAAUAGAUACUAAAGUAAAGACUCCUGAAGGAUCUCCACGGCCGAGGUCGUCCAUGUCAGGGCUCAAGCCUAAACGGCGACAAGCGAAGCUCGAUUCAGCAUAUAGUCGUCGUUGGUAG